GCAGCUUGAGCGCCCCUCCCAACAUCUCAGAAGUAUCUGAACAAUAUCCUCAAUCUGACGUUUCCGCUUUUCCCUUUGCACGAGCUGGAAGCUCGCCCGUAGGUGCGCAACGUUCCGUAGGCUAUCCGUUUCUUGCAAGCAAACCCCCUCUCGUCCUGUCCCUCCCCUAUUCCGAUGCUACUCUUCCGGCUCGUGAAAUACGAGAGAAGAGGUGGAAUCGAGAGCGAAGGGGAAAGACGAGAGAGAGUUUUCCUUCAUCAUACCCUGUUGGUGCGGACGGAUGCGACGCUUGGCUCGUACCCUAAUCUAGGCCCCCCCUUUUGUCGCAUUCCAGACCAUAAGACGACGAAGGGGAUUGGCGCGCGCAAACUCACACUGUCUCCGUCUUUUGUUUAUCCAGAACCCGUCUCCCCUUGCCCUCGCUCGAAACGUCUUGGACAUCCACUGCGGAAUGCGAAGGCUAGCGAACGAGCGAGCGAGCGAGCGAAGAGCGUCGCACCGGGGAAAUGCGGAUGGGAAGUUGUUGGGGAGUAUGCCGCCCCCUGGUCGAAAGUGCGAGGCAAGCGGUUGCAAAGUGCAGCGAAGGGUGUUGCUUGGCGAUCGAAGGCCAAGGGAACGGAAAAGGCGAGCUACGGAGGGAGCAGGGGCCACGCUGCUUGCUCGACCUUUGCAAGUACGAGCUCGAUUUCGAGUGGAGGUGCGAAGGAAUGAAAAGGUCUGCACUGCCGUUCCUGGUGCGGCGUGUGACUGAAAGACAAAGGCAAGAAGCUGAUUAGGUUUCCACUCGAGCUCCUCCCUUUCCCAGAGCGGAACCUGCGCGCAGUUUGUGCCGAGGCGAAAGAAGAUUUAUACUG